AUGGAUUAUUGAAACUCGGCCCACAGCGGAUAUAACCGGAUUUUAAUAUAUUUUCGCGUCCGCUUCUCCAGAAACUUCUGCUAGGUCUCAUUUUUCCUCUCUGCCGAUCUCAAGCCGAUGCGUGGUUAGCAGGUUCUUUAGAGAGCGAGAGCGAGAGAAUAUUUUCGAAGCGAUAGUUUGUGCGAUCUCUUGGGAAGAUGUCGUACUCCAGAAGAUCAAGGUAUUCUCGCUCACCUUCCCCAUAUGGGCGGUACAGCAGGUCUAUCUCGAGGUCUUUGUCAAGGUCAUUGUCGAGGAGCCGAUCAAGGAGCCGCGAAUCAAGUGAUGCAGAAAACCCUGGAAACAAUCUAUAUGUGACUGGAUUAUCACCUCGCAUCACUAAGAGGGAGCUCGAAAAGCAUUUUUCAAGCGAGGGAAUGGUUGUGGAUGUUCACCUUGUGGUCGAUCCAUGGACAAGAGAAUCACGUGGGUUUGGUUUUGUUACAAUGUCCACUGUUGACGAGGCUGACCGCUGCAUUAAGUAUUUGGACAGAUCAGUACUUGAAGGUCGUGUCAUUACAGUGGAGAAGGCUAGGAGGCGGAGAGGUCGGACGCCUACCCCAGGGAAGUAUCUUGGGCUGAGAACAGUUCGGGUGCGUCGUCGUUCCCCAAGCUACUCUCCUUAUCGAAGGAGCCGCUCUCACAGUUAUUCAUCUGAGCGCGACAGGAGCAUGUCAUAUUCUCCGCACUAUAGUCAUCGCCGCCGAUCAUAUUCACCCAACUACAGUCGGCACAGGACAUAUUCACCCUACUACAGCCGACGGAGGUCCCUCUCACGAUCUCGCUCACCCUAUAGUAGGUCACCAGUUCAUAGGCGCGAUCGUUCCUACUCUCCUUAUGAUUCAGGGUACUACCUGCCUGAUGAAAGGUACCAUAGAAGAUACUACCAUCGCUCUUUCUCCAGAAGCAUCUCUCCUAGGGCACGACGGAGCUCAAGGCGGAUUGGCUCUGGUAGUGUCUCUCCCAGGCCAAGAAGGUCCUCAAGGAGCUAUUCACAGAGCAUUUCACCUAGGCGGAGGAGGAGAUCGAGUAGGAGUUACUCUCGUAGUAUUACCCCUAGACCAAGGAAGAGCUCAAGGAGUUACACUUGUGGUGAUUCAUACAAGCGUGGGCUCUCAAGGGAUUGCUACUCAUCUAGAAGCUAUUCUAGGAGCCGAAGUGCGAGUCCAUCUUCCGGAUCAGUUUCGAGGUCCGUCACUCCAGCAUCUGCCUCUCCUUCACGCUGAAAGGGACUCAGAAAUGCUCACUCUUCCUAUGAAUCUGUGUUGUGGUUCAAGCCUUGGCACAACUGUUGUAUAUUGGGUAGUUGUAGUCGGCCUUUCUUUUGAGUGAACUAUUUGGCGACUUGGAAGUUUGUCGUGGCUGGUGUGUUUAAGACCGAAGUUUAUUGUUCUUCAUGGUCAAAUGCUCAAUAAUCCGUAUUUGCUCUUUAACUGCUGCAAAGAUUGUCCUUUCAACUCAAAGAUUUAACAUAUUCCCCUGAAAAA